AUGACACGUUACGGCUUUCAAGAUCUUUGGAUGAGCAUCGCAGAAAGUUGGAAUCAUGGGGUAAACUCUCCAGUUCAAAGUGAUGCCAUAGCUUCUGUCUGCAAUGCCAUCUCGAACAUCAACCCCAAUUCCAGCCAUGUGCCUGUGAUGCGCAGCCGGGAACCGUGCGGCACAGACAGUCAGGUGUCAGAUGGAGACAAAGCUGGUGCCACGUUGCUAUUCUCUGGAGCUUUCUUGACCCUAGUUGGCAUGACAUUCACAGCCAUGGGUUGGACAAAGUACAAUGUCAACCAAAGCUAUGAAUGGACACAGUUGCUGGGACCCAUACUGCUGUCAGUUGGAGGUAUGUUUGUGCUCAUAAGCAUCUGCAAAUUCCGAAUGCUCAUCUGCCAGUCCUGUAAACAGAAUGAUGGGGAAAGGACAUGUGAAAUAGACCCUCUGCCGCCCCUGUCGGGAACGUCGUUUGUCUUCACUGGACUUCAUCAACCCAUUACCUUCCACAGGGCCACGGUAGUCCAGUACAUCCCACCACCGUAUGCCUCUUUAAGUCAGGUCCCUGCUGAUGGUUUGCAUUCUGGUCACCGGCCGCUGGCAUUUUCAGUGAGCCCCCCGCCACAGUAUUACAGUGUGUUUCCCAAGGAGAACCUUGCUGCUUCUGGUGAAUUUGACAGCUCCACAGUGGAACAAAGGGAAAGCAGCUGCUCAAUGGAAGAGGAAGAUAAGAAAGUGAUCACAGCAGACAACUCCUCCUCUCCACCUGCAUAUGAGCAACUUUUGCCACCUCCUCAAGUGAUUCUUGCUCCUAACUAA